GCUGGCAGCGCGCGACGACGGUUUGCCGCUGCGCGCGUUGCGCGUCGCCUCCGUCGCCGAACGCCGUCCGGACGCAACCGAGUGCGGCGGGCUCGAGUGCGGCGCGCACACGACAGCUUGCUUGCUUGUGCGAGUGGAUGUAGCUACGUUGCUGCCGGCGCGGUUGCUUUCUCGGGGGAAGUCGUGCGGCGAUUACCCGCUGCGCAGCGCAGGGGCCACUUCGUCGGGGAGGCCAGCAGGGGUGGGGCAUCCUCCGAGGCGUCGUACAAUCGCCGCCGGUGCUAACCGCCUAAAUCCGUUCCACGCCGCCCUGCCAACGUCGACGUAGCGUCGAAGGGUCAGCUGACCGCUGCGUGGACGAGCUGCGGCGCUGUUGCGGCCUUGAACUCCCGGGAGUGUGCCCAGGUGUGCCCCCGAACACUGCCUACCUGUCCAAGUCGAAGCCGUGAGCAGCGGCGGGCGCUGAGCGCGACCCGCGGCCCGAGUUGACAUGCCGCACUCGGAACGGCGGUCGCAGUCGCUGACGCCCCAGAUGACGGCGUGCGCGGCCGCCCGCAAGGCCGGGGCUUCGGCCGUCGGCGAAGGUCACCGCCACGUGAGCGGCGGCGCCGCGCCUGGCGCCGGAGACCCUGCGAUAGGCGACGACGAGACCUUCUGGGUGCGGGGGCUGAAGCUGCCUCGCGAGUUCUCGCGCACCUUGGUCGAGUCGGCGAUGGAGUACGAACCCCGAGACGACGACGUCUUCGUCGUCUCUUACUCCAAGUGCGGGGCCGCCUUCGUCCAGCACAUCGUGCACCUCAUCUUCAACAAGGGCCACCCGUCUGGCGACUACGUCCAGUGGUCCAAGGCGACGCCGCACUUGGAGCUGGUGGGCGCUGAGGCGGUGCGCCGCAUGCCACGUCCCAACGCCAUCAAGUCGCACCUGCCAGUCCAGCUGAUGCCCUGGUCGGAGCGCGCCAAGUACAUCUACGUGGCGCGGAAUCCCAAGGACUGCUUCGUCUCCAUCUUCCUCAACCGGCAGCUCUUCCUCAAGCAGAAGUCCAUGGACGCCGCGUUCCAGGAGUUCGUGAGCGGCGACAUGAUUUGGGGCGACUACUUCGACCACGUAUGCGGCUGGUACGAGCGGCGCGCGGAGCCCAACGUGAUGUUCCUGCUCUACGAGGACAUCAAGCGGUCGCCGCACGAGGUGAUCGAGAGGCUGGCCCAGUUCCUGGGCGACGAGUGGCUCGAGUCCGUGGCGCUGGACGAGAGCGCGCUCGACAUGAUCGUGCACCACAGCUCGUAUGACUUCAUGAAGGAGCACACCACGCGCACCGUGCACCGCUUCCAGGAGGCCAAGGGCGAGGACGACAAGAAGAACGAAGAAGAGGAAGAGGACGAUGUGGACAACGUGGUGGUGCAGGCGCCCGCCCUGCGCACGCGGACGUUCGCGCGUCGAGGAACCGUGGGCGACUGGCGCUCGACGCUCAACGGCGGCCAGGAGCGCCAGCUGGAGCGGCUCCUCAGGGAGCGCUCCAAGGACUCGGGUCUCUGGAAGCUCUGGCUGGACCUGGACGAAGAGGAUGACAGCGACUUCUGAGUCGUCGAAGAGGUGGCAUGCACAGCCACUGAUUCAUCACCUGGUAGCCGUUUCGAGACCUCCGAAAGAAAGACUUGUGUCCUUGGCACACGUCCUGUAGGACUAAGAAGAAAAAAAACUUUCCUCCGACCUACGCAGAAAAUCUGCGUAGCUUUCGGAACUGGCGAAGGCGCCGGCCUCGUUUCCCGGGGCCGAAUUCGCGUAGGUUCCCAUUCGUAAGAGCUGCUUGCUGUUGGCCGGCUGCCUUUUCUAACAACGUAUCCGACAUCUUGAUAGGCUGUCAGUUGCUCGUGCAAGCAGUUUUCGCGUAAGAAAUUUCUUUUGUGAAUACGGGCCGUGACGCUUGAAGCAGAGCACGUGUAUUUGCGUUUUUUCUUUCUUUUAGAGGUGUCACAUACACGUUAGAUUUUGGGGGUCUUGCCACAUCGUGAGCACGCGAAAUCGGACACAGUUGUAGCACCACAGUUUCGCGCGCCUGGCCCUGCAUUUGCUCGAUGAAGAGCUUGCUUGAUCAUUCACGCGAGCAGGGCCGCUUUUCUCUCUCUCUCUCUUUUGUGGCAGAAGGUCGCUUCUAAACGGUAAAACCGCGAGCCAUUGCCAGUCGGUAGUGAUAACGACGCAGAAGCCCUCAUAUAGGAGCGGCCACUUUCACACGGCACCAAGGACACGAAUCACUUGUAUCUCUGGACAUGCAUACAUUCGUGCACCCAGCGGUCGGCAACGUAUUCUGAAUGACCACAGAAAUGACUCGCCCUACGACAUCUGCAAGGAGAAAGUUAGGCGACCGGGCUACAUACGACGUAUGCGAGACAUCUCUACUUCAUAGCGUGUCUGUCGUGCAGUGUUCUUGCGUUCAGCGGGUUCUCGAAACGUCGAACUCGCUCUGGAUCAUUACGUGCAAUGUAUACGCCACCUACAACUUCGUAUGCAGGCAGAGACAUUUGUAUAGUCAUCCUGAUAAUCGCGAACAAGUUUUUUUUUUUUUAUAGGCAUGUACAAGAAAGCUGGACAGCGGUGUAUAGUCUUGAAAUUCUACGCGUCUGACUUCGUAAUAGUCGAAUAAGACAUAUCGCUGUCGAGUUGAGAACCCUUAUCAUCGUUCGUGCACGAGCAAGAGAGUUUUAGCAUCCGCUAAAACUCUGACGCCGAAGCGUGCAUCGUAUGUUAUAUAGUAUAGCUUCGCGCUGUGUGCGAGCACACGCGUACUCGUUUUCGCCACGGAAGCUGGCAAAAAGACGCAAGUAUAUGUGGCACGUUGUAAGUAUAAAGCCUUUUGGGGGCUAUGGUACGCAAGCGCUACCCUGAGGUCCAGUUCCUUUUUUUUUUUUUUUUUUUUUUUGUACCCGACAUUUUGCAGCGCUGCGAACCACACGAAUGACAGAGGUUGAUAACGAGUGCUCCGUGAUGUGUCCGUUCAGGUCUGCGUGGUGCGAACCAAAAAAAAAAAAAAAAAAAAACAGCUGUGCUUCAUCGUGGCUGUGGAGCAGGAGGUCGCGUGUUCGAAUUUCGGAUUCGGCGGCCACUCUCCGAAGGGGCGGAUUGCAAGAACGCUCGGGUACCGAUAUUUGGGCACAUGAUAAGGAAUAAGCGUUCAAUAUUAAAUAUGGGAAGUACAAUAUUGAAGUGUAAGCUGCUGAAGAGUAAAUAUAACAUCUUAUUUACAACAGGAAAAUGGGACAAAAUUUAUCACUGAUUUUUUAGCUUCUCUCUUCCACGUUUGCUCUUCCGAUUCAGUAUCUGUUCAAGAAAAUAAAAGCGCUGUCAAACGGCGCAGUACGUAACACACGUGCGGAGGUUCCGCCCGUGUAGCUUUCUCUUCAUUGCUGCCGAAAGUUGUUCGCGAGUACAGCUCUAAUCACCAAUAUAGACCAUCUUCCUCGUCCAGAGGACCAAAGUAUUCAUUUUGCAAGGACUGUAGCGGGAACCGAUUCGUUGACCCUUGCGCAUAGCGUCACUUGGAGCAGGAAACUGCACUCUUGGCGUGCGAGAGGUACGGGGAUCGUUACCCCGCACCUCCACCAAAAUGUUACGCGAACGAAGGAUUAAGUACUGGAGACUAUUUACAAGUAUAUUUACAAAGGAUAGCUGCACCGCUGGCCAGAUCAGCCGACAGCUCGAGAGCAAAGAGCAGUUCGUCGUCUUCGUCUGGGCGCCCGCGCGCAUCGUCCAGAAGAAACACGCAAUUUGCAUGUAUCAAUAUGAUACGGCACCAAUACUAAUGGCUGAGCGACUGGUUCCGUAGGCCGCGCUUUCUUGCGUGUUCAUUUCCGACAUCUUCUCUAGCUGUCACUUGAAGCGUAGCGUCAAUCUGAAGUUAUUUGCGGUUCACUUCAACAACACGCUUUUUGUUUUUGUCAGAUGUCGCGGACGUAUACCUGUAUAUCCCUCUGUCUGUCUUUUUUUUUAACUUACGAUGCAUUGGAAUAGCUGCGCACUCUAACUGUAUCACAUAAGCAUUUUUAUGAAAACAAAUGUGCCAAUAUUCGUAUGAAAUCGCCUUAGGAAGUAAGUCGAGUUCCUAACAAUGUUUCGCACAUUUUUUUAACGGAUAUACGCCCUUCGGGCACCGUGGUUGAUUCAAAAGGUGCUAAUUUAGGUCUUUAGUUUGCAGCACCUUCGAAGUCGGAUAGUCCAUAUAGACCAUCUUUUCGCUGCAUGCGAUACGCUCCUCAAUGCAGUGGCUCUGUGCAAAUACACAUUCCUUCAUGAGAACCGCUUUACGAAGCAAAUUCACCCUCAUUUAUCACCCACAGAUCAAUAGCAUUUGCACUAUUCCUGCAGUUGGCUCAUGACUACCUCCUUAACAUCGCUGCGGAUAGUCUAAAAAAUGCGUUUUCAGAGAUUGCGGUUUCACCAACGCCUUUUCCAGCAUUCCUUGUACGACAAAUGGAAGGUUUCCUACAACUUGAUAAGCUAAAGUCAAUGAAAGGAGGAGCAAAGUUCAGUUUCUUUCUUUCUUUCUCUCUUUUUUGCCAUUUUCCCCCGAUUCAGAGCGUAGUCUUACUCUGACUACACUCUGCAAUCUGCUUUCAAACAAUUUGGCACACACAUGUGCACACGACGGCAUCAGUAUAGUGUAGAUUCGACGAUUUCGUCUGAAACUACGCUAACAUUCCGAAUUUUCAUUCCAAACCCGCCAUGGCACGAAGUUAUUAUUAGCAUGAUAGAGAUGCUGUUCUUUUCGUUUUUAAAUGCACUCGUCUUGUUCCGUCGCAGAGGUUUAUUGCACUGGUGCUGUAAAACUUUACUUUUGAACAAAAGUAUAUCGCAGAAAAAAAUAAAGAAGCUCCUAUAUGCGGGCUUUCCAUCUAGUCAAACACUAAAGCACGUUGCCAUCUCUGGCCCAUUAAAACCAGGGUUGUUGACUUGUAUACUGAAACGAGCUGACGCAAUCUCUGCCCUUGAUCACAAAAAUGAUACAGAGCAUCUCUAAAGAUCCAAUUCAAGUUCAACUCGAUUCAAUUUAUUUAUUUAUUGCCAGGGGUAUGAGGUAGAUACAGAAGGUCGGAAAGGGCAGCAAAAAGCAAAGUGUCAUAUACAUAUAGAAAUGUGUGUAAAUACAUAAACAGUAGGGCAUAACUAAACAGUAGGGCAUAACUAUAUGGAAAUACUAAAUCAAGCUUACACGUACUGUAUAAGAAAGCACACAACUCUUAAUUUAAAUUAGCUAAUGGCAGAAUAUUUCACGAGGCCAGUGGGCCAUAAACCCACUGAUUGAAUUGAAUCCAAUAAGCUUAUUCACGCCUAUCUGACUGACUAUCCAUGCAUGUCAUCGUCUCUCUCCGCUAAUCGCAUUGCUUGCUUCCUUGGGACCUGGGCAGAUACCGAAAAGGCGCGACUCUUUCGACUUCCCGCUUGCCUCAUAUCGCGCAUUCAACGCAAGCAAACCUAAAUAAGACCGAUUACGUUCUUAGAUUUUCAGCCAUAUAUGGAGUCAAAAGCAAAAAAAAAAUGUCUUCGUAUUACUUUCGGUCGUCCACGAUCGUUCCUUUACAUCACUUUCAGCUGGUCGCUUCAGAGCGAUACAACAGCGUCAUAAUGAAGGUCGUGCAAUAAGUCGGCCGUAGCCAUCAUAAGCAGCACCAGCACUGGCAGCCUAUUUGACCGUUCACUGCAGGACGAAGGCUCCUUCUUUAGCAAUCUCCAAUUAAUCUUGUCUUGCGUGAGCUAGCUCCUCCCUAUAUGCUAGCGAAUUUCCUAAUUUCAAUGCACCAUCCUUUGGUUCUGUGCCGUCCACGACUGCGCUUUCCUUCCAUUGGCCCCCAUAUUGUAACUCUUGUGAAACACCGAUUGUCUGUCUACAUAUUGCACGACCGCUUCAACUACACUUGUUCCUCUCAAUCUCAAUUAGAAUAUCAGCUAAUCCCUGUUUGCGCUCUAACCCACACCGCUGUCUGUCUCAAUGUGGCACCUAUCAUUUUCCGUUCCAUCAAUAAUUGGUUUAAGGCAGUAUAAUUGUAAGCCACCUGCGGUGUCUAUAAAGGAGCCAUCAUUUAUCGCUUUUAGACCCUACGUAUUCUUGAAACACAUCUUGAAUGAUGCCUUUCAAUACCUUUUUUUAGUACAUAUAGCCGUAGUGCUAUAAGACGAUCAGUAGAACGCAGUGUUAGUGGUCAUUUUUCUGCUGGACGUAUUGAGCGACCAAGGCAUGCAGGCAGCGCCUGUGUCACAUCCGCGAGCUUACGCCCCCGUAAUGCAUGCGGAACGUUGUCGUUGUUUUCUAACAACUUCCGUAAACAUUGUUGAUGGCUUCGACAAAGCCACUUGGCAUGCCGACGCUCUAUUGCUUCCAAAUGCAUAAGCAAGCAAAUGAAUAGAAGCGAAUGCACUGUAAGCACUUAAGGCGCCACGAACGCUGGAGUUUUAUUACGUAGCGGCUUAAAUACGUUCACAAGGCAGGGAACAAAGCGCCGAACAUAGCGCAGUAGCGUCGCUCCAACACGCGCCGGCGACGUUGCACUCAACGACGUGCAAGUUCCUCAAGCGUCAUCACCGUGUUUUUCAGCCCUUCGAGAUGAAUAACCUCUAUCAUUUACAGCUUUUAUGACAUAUGUCUUUGUUGUUCGUUUACUUGCAGAACGUUGCUUGUUUUAUUUUAUUGUUUCUUUGAUCUUGUCAAUGAGGCCAUUGAUCGCAUCGGUAAAUAAGCUGUUUGAUAGAAUAGGUACUGUUGGUGCGCUUUAGCAAACACUCAUCCAAUUCAGUUCAUCCACUGAGAUCGCCCUUCAUCAUAGUUGAAUCCAUCACGUUUUGUUAUUGUUUAAAUAAAGAGACAAACAACUGGGA